AACGCCGGAGGUAAGCCAUUUCUUUCUUUCUCAUCUUCUUCUCCGGUUCUCGAGCUCUCUUUUUCACCUCAUAGGUCUGUGUUUUAUGGAACCCAUUGUCUGAUUUCGGGACUCUGAUAAGUUACGAACUUGCUGGGUUUUGAUGUCUGGGGUUGGUUUUUCUGUAAUCGGAGCGGAUCACUAAGUAUUAUAGACUGUGAGUUUUUACUGUAUCUAUCCUGUGAAGAUCUGGAGACAGAGAAGACUCUUUUUGGUCACUUGAAAUGAUCUUGGGUUGAUGUUUUGUAUGGUAGCAGAGUAAUAGAGUCAUGAAGCUUAUAUCGCUUGUCAGGAAAGUUCAUUCGCUGCAAUGCCAACCCAAAGUAAACUGGUCUGUGCAAGUGCGUUUCUUGCAGCAAGAUUCUGUAUCGAAAGCUAAACCUAAGAAAUACAAGUAUCCGUCAGUUUAUGACCCAUAUGGUCCUAGACCUCAACCUUCAAACAAAAUCGUGGAGCUAGCUGAGCGAAUAGCUGCAUUGUCUCCGGAAGAACGAAAACAGAUCGGUCCUGCACUCAAUGAACACCUGAGUCUACCAAAACAACAGAUGAUUUCAACGGAAGGCAUGAGUAUCGGAGCAAAGCAAGAUGCUGGUACCGGAAAAGCAGAGGAGAAGAAGGAGAAGACGGCUUUCGAUGUGAAGCUGGAGAAGUUUGAUGCAUCUGCCAAGAUCAAAGUGAUAAAAGAAGUGAGAGCAUUCACGAGUUUGGGUCUCAAGGAAGCGAAAGAGCUUGUGGAGAAAGUCCCGGUCGUGCUUAAACAGGGUUUGACAAAGGAAGAAGCCAAUGAAAUCAUAACAAAGAUCAAAGCUGUAGGCGGAGUCGCAGUUAUGGAGUAAGUGACUUUGACCCUUGUAUUUUUCUUCUGUGUUUGAUUUGUUUUUAUUUUUGGUAUUGUGUUUGAUCACAUCUUGGCACUUACAGUAGAUGUUUUGUAAUAACUUAAGUGCUGCCAAAUUCUGGUUUUCUCUCACUGAUUUUGGUUUCCUUGCA